CAAAGCUUUCAAAGCGCUUUCCAGAAGUUCAAAAACUACGCGUCCUUUCCAUUAGAAAAGCAACCUUGGACAAAACCCUAAUCUCUCUCUCUCUCUCUUGAUUCUUCGCUCUUAAAAACCCUUGUCUCGAUCUCGACUUCCUGUUUUAGUCUGAACUUCCACUGACUCGAAUUUCGAAAGAAACCUCGAAUUACACUUCUUUUCAACGGAUCUUCGCUGAAAUUCCCGCUCCGGCAUGGAUGACGACGAGAAGAAACAUGAACCGGGAACCAGUUUCACCUGCACUUCUGGAUGGACACUCGGAAGUGAGGCCGACAGUGACUACUUCUUCGGCAGCGAUCGGGAGAGCAGUAUUCUAAGUGAAUUCGGCUGGAAUCUGCGCCCUGAUACGGACAGGAAUCUCGAAAGCGAAAGUUUUUCUCCCUUCUAUCAGAUCGAUUUAGACGGUUGCUCCGAUUUGGCGGGAACCUCAAUUCCUCACAUACCACAAAAUACUCCUCCUCCUCCUCCUGCUGCUGCACCGGGUUCUAGCCAAACGGUUUCGGCAGGAUCAGUCGAUAAGUCCGGCGACGCUUCACCGUCGAAUCCCUCCGUAUCAUCGAGCUCGACCGACGAGCCGCAGGAGAAGUCGACGGCAUCUGAAGAAAAACCGCCUGAGACCCCGAUUAAGAACAGAAAGAAGGGACAAAAGCGGACUAGACAACCACGAUUUGCAUUCAUGACUAAAAGCGAAAUUGACCAUCUUGAAGACGGCUACCGGUGGAGGAAAUAUGGACAGAAAGCAGUAAAAAACAGCCCAUUCCCUAGGAGCUAUUAUCGUUGUACAAACAGCAAAUGCACAGUAAAGAAAAGGGUGGAGCGGUCUUCCGAAGAUCCAAGUAUUGUAAUCACAACAUACGAAGGUCAACAUUGUCAUCACACUGUUGGCUUCCCAAGAAGCAGUUUCAUGGCUCAUGAAGCCGCCUUCGGUGCCCCACAGUUGUAUUACCCACGCGUUCAUCUCCCCUUGGGAGCUUCCAUUGAUGUCAGACAACCUCACCGAGGUCUAUCAGGAACCGGGCAAUUGCCUUUGCAGCCCCAACUCCAAGCACCACGACCAACCUCCCUACAGCUUUCGACGGACGAAGGUCUGCUUGGUGAUAUUGUGCCUGCUGGAAUGCGUCACAGAUGACAAGGAAUUUAACGAUGGUGAUGCAAAUAUUAUGGGAGAAGGCGAAGAUGGAUCAAGAUGGUAAUAUCAUCCGACCUUCAAGCGUAAAUCAUGAGCAACUGAGCAAGAACCAUAGGGUCCUUCCCUGCAGAAACAAUUGAUUAUUGCAUGAGAAGAAGGUUUUGAUCAUUGAUGAUUUAUUGAAGGGAUAAGAUAAAUGCACGUAUCGACCAUCAAUCCCUUAUUGUAGAGAUAAAUGCAUCCCAAUCGAUGCCCAGCACCUCAAGAGUAUUUCUUCAUUCUGUUGUUACACAACAUUUAUUAUUAUGACAUUAUACGAUGUUGCGUAAAGAAAUUAAAGCAAGCGGUUUCAUCUUUACAUCUUAUUGUAUCAAAUGUACCAGAGCCAGAAGAUCACGCAAGCAGCUUGGCAUGGAGUUCUGAGUUAGCCUGGACCACAGAAUUAGAAUCAUAUGUAUCUUUCAACAAAGAUCUGGGACUGGAGGUGGAAGCAGUUGUCUUUUCUUUUUCUCCAUGAAUUUCCUUUGGGUUCAUUUCAUACGGUGACCAAAUUCGCUUCUCACCCACUACCACCAUUGGAUCGAUCAACAUAUAUGAUUGUUAAACAAUUAACGCGCUGUGAGAAGAUAGCCCUUUAUAAUGUGUAUAUCAAUUCGGUUAUAUCUGGAGCUUUAGCCAGUGAUCCAUUUGUGUCUACUGUUAAUUGAAUUCCCUACUUUACUUUUUUCA